AUGAGCCACUACGGUCCGCCGUCCAACAGCGCAGCGUUCCCGCGUGGCAAUGCACCAGCAUUCCGCGGCCCUCCACCAGCGUUUCCACGCGGUAUUAUGCCUCCAUUUCGUCCACCAUUUGCUGCUCAAACUCCGCCACCUCCCUUUGCAUUUCGUGGACCUUCGCCAACAUUUCUCGGUCCUCGACCGCCACUGAAUCUCAAUCUCGUCUCAAUGUUGGCUCCAACAAUGUCACCUGCUACUCCUACUACUGUUCUACCGCUUGGAUGGCAGGAAUCAAGAACACCACAAGGCGCUUUAUUUUAUUAUAAUGCUACUACUGGCGUAAGUACAUACGAAAUGCCAACGUCGGACCCCGAGACAUGUACAUGGAGAGAAUACAAAGACGAAGCCACAGGAGCGUCAUACUAUUUCAACACAAUUACAAAAGAAACAGUGUGGGACCAACCUGAAGAGUUACGGAUGCAAAAAGCUCGCGAAGAAGUCGCUAAAAUGACUAGUGAAACACUUCAGACAAUGUCUUCUGUGAAUACACACGUUCAGACGUCAACGCCAAUACAAACAAUCAAGCAAAUUGAAAAGCAAGAGGAAGAAAAAGACGAAGACGAAAAGCAACAACAGGAAGCACAAGCAGAAGCACAAGCUCAGGCACGUCAGAAACGCAAGGAAAUACAAGAACAACAACAAGCUGCGGAGUUUACAGAUAUGCCCCGAGCGGAGCGUCUUGCUGCAUUCAAACAAUUUUUAGAAGAGAAACAGAUUGCUCCUACGUUAAAAUGGAGUGAUGCUCUGCGUAUGAUUGGCAAAGAUACGUCAAUGCAAAAUGAUUCUCGCUGGAAGUUUGCCUUGCAAACGGUAGGCGAAAAGAAACAAGCAUAUGCCGAGUAUUGUACCCAAGCCAAGAAUCGUUUGACAAUUGAAAAGCGGCGAUUGGGAAAGAAAGCUCGAGAAGAAUUUAUUGAACUUCUUGGACUAUUUGAAACGAGCUUAGCACCUUCACGUCGACGACAACUUUCUUGGGAAGAGGUGAAUGAAAGCAACGAUUUUUAUGCCAUGCGGAAAGAUCCACGAUGGACUGCAAUUGAUGAAGCACGUGAGAAGCAACAACUUUUCACAACUUUUAUGCAAGACUUGGAGCGAAACCAGAAAGCACGUCUGGCGAAACAACGAGAGGUCCUGAAGUUAGAAUUUCUAGCGCUCUUGCAACAACGCAUGGAAGCCAAGGAAUUGGAUUUUGAAAACCGUUCAUCGAAGAGAUUGGAUGGUGAAUCAAAGCGCCGUGUGUUAGAAAUAUUAGAAGAAGUUAAGUCGGCGGAUGGUAGGGACAAAAUUAGUGAAGAUGUGCUUCGAAAUAUUGAUCGACAUGAUGUGUACGACUGGACGGAAAAGUUUGUACGUGAACGUCGAGAGAUUGAACGUGCGAAACGAAAGCGUGAACGAGUAGAGCGUGCUGAGCGCACGGAACGAUUAGAACGUGAGCUUAGUAGUCAAUUGAAACAAAUGGCAGGGAGUGGGGAAUUGACGUCUGGAAGCACAUGGGACGAGUUUGCCGCUGAAUACUUAAAGGAGGCAAGUGAACAGAUGACGAAAGAUGGAAAGAAUGAAGAUAGCAUUUCUGAUAAUGAGAAGGACCAAGACAUUGACCAUUUACAUUGGAAGACGCAACGACGGAUCUUUGACAAGAAUGUUCGCCGACUUCGUCGUGCAAUUGAACCUGUAGCAGCUGUGAUUCGUACUUGCUUAGAUCGAAAUGAGCCAGUGUUACGAGUAACGGAAGCCACUACAUUUGCCGCAUACAUCGAUGCGCUAAGUGCUGGAGUGAGUAAAGCGACUGACACGAAUGCACCUGAAGAAGGGGAAGAAGAAAUGAUGACAUCGAAAGAGAUUGCAAAGACAAAUGAGGUAUCCACACUCGAUUCAAAGGAAAUAAUUGUAGCACUUGAGACUGCUAUCAAGACACAGCCCAAUAACGACAAAGUGGUUUACCCAGCAUUUGUUCGUCAAGUUUACGACAUGUGGGUUGCUAUGGCGAAAGAAGAUAGCAGGAGAGAAGGCGACAAAAAAGACAAACGACGCAAGCGAAGUCGCAAGGAGAGUCACGAAGAGGAGGAAGACGAUCAAUUUCGUCGCUCUCGUCAUCGGUCUUCUACUGCUGAUGAACACGAGGAAGAUAAAAGUCACAAAAAACGUCGAAGCCGUCGAUCAUCAAGAAAACGCCGUCGUAGUCACGCGUCGCUGUCUGCUUCGCGGUCUCGAUCCAAGUCUCGACGUAGUUCUCGACGAACUCAUUCUCACUCCCGAUCUCGUGAUCGUUUCAGUGGGUUACCUUCUGAUUUAACUAUCAAGCCUAUUGAUGACUUGGGUACGGAGACGCUACUAUCACCGCUUCGAACACCAUCAAAACCGCUGUCGGAGGCCGAAGAAGCUGCUAGAGCAGAGGAGAUUAUUCGGCAGGCUCGAUUAAAGAUGCAAGUACAGGGCAAGGACGAUCUGGGCGAUGACGAAUUAGAAGAGGGCGAAGAAGUGGAGGAAGGUGAAACAUAG